UUGUUUCUAACUGCACAGUCGAUCGAACAUUUCUUUAAGGGCAGACAUGCCUAAUCCUACAGUAGCUGCGAAUUCCAGGCGCACUUCUUACGCGGAUGAUGAGGAGAUCGAGGUGAAACCUUCCACUGAACUUAUCCCUGAUGAAUACGAGCGAGAAACCAACGCUAAUAUCUUGGUGCACAUGUUCUUUAGUCCGAAAGAUGAAGAUGCAGUGAAUUUUCGGAAAACGUUGGAGGGACUUGGGUUCGACAUCCAGAACAAAAUCAACGUACACCACGAUAUAACGAAACUUACGGAUGAAAAUGUUUGGCAGGAGAAUAUUAAAAAAAUUCAGGAAGAGGCAUCCGGAAAAGAUGGGUUGAUCGUGGUUUGUUCCAAAGUUCGUCUAAGUGAUCAUCAAAUGACAAAGAUGUGGUGUUCCUUCACCAGAUUAACGUGUCCGGCUCUAAAAGAUAAACCUAAGAUAUUUAUGUUUCAGAUGAUGAGUUCUUCAAUAACGGCUGAUGCGAAAAUGUCCAAAAUCACUUUCGAAUCUGCAUAUGACACACCGGCGGAAGCUGACAUUUUAAUUAUCCACGAAACAUCGAAUUACGGUCAGCCAUCAAAUUUUGUAUCUCAGCUCACCGAAAAUAUUCAAGAUUUCGGCAACCAAGAAGAUGUCGUUAGUUUAGCUACCUAUCAGGGCGGAAGCGCCAGCAAACCUCUAUUGAUUUGCACUAUGACGCGAAAAUUUUACUUCACUGUCAACACUCACAGAGGUCACCACCAUUGCCUAAACAAAAAAGACGAGGAAAUCAGUCAAUGUUUAAAAGAAUUCAAGAGCGUACUAAGUCCGAAGUCCAAGUCAAAGGACUCCAAAGUAGCACCCUCGAUCGACACAAAACAAUGCUCUACCAGCAAUGCUACUAGGAAUCGGAUUACCAAAAGUAACGGUCGAAUGUCAACAACGGACGGAACACAGCUUCCGAUGCGAUCGAAACUGAAAUCGGUUUCUAGCACCACCGAUGGAACUAAAACGCUCAAAAUGAAAACGGCGCCUACGACUACAACUGCGAAGCCACGGUGGAAAUAAUUUUUCGAAAUGCGUUAACGAUUGUGAUACAAUAAAUGUACGUAGUUGUAGUUGAGUUCAAAAAAAGCAAAAGUACGCGCUUUUAUAUUUA